AUGGCCGUCAUUGGUGCUCAGUUCCCCAGCAAGACGGGAAAAGAAGAAGUUGCCAUCUCCAAGGUGAACUCAUUCUUGACAUUUCCUGGUGAAGAUGGGGAAGAAUCCCUUAACCCAGAGUUUUCAGAAUGGGCGGCUGUGACUGACCACAAGGGCUUCUACAACAUCACUGCCCUGGCGUAUUGGAAAAGUGAGGAGGUGUAUCAGAAAUGGACGACCAAAUCUGGUUUCAAGUCUUGGUGGGAAAGUCUUGACGCGCAGGAACAGGAGAAUGGCUGGUUCCUCGAAAUCUUCUUCCCAACCAUGGACAGGAUCGAAACAGUAUUUUCCAGCGGUGAGAUUCCCGAGGGAGCAGCUGAAAUGCGAGACGGAGUCGUUGGACCCAUCAAGGAGCAUGUCUACUGGGGAAGCAUGCGAGAUCGCCUGGCCGCUGCACAGACAGACACCCUCAAAGGCGAGGAGUUCCUCAAAGAUCCUGCACAGUACACGGCAAACGGAAAUCCGUCCCGGCGGACCCGAGUCCCGGGCAAACAGAACCUGGCCAUCAUCCGCUCAGGCCAAGAUUGGGCCGACACGGCACCUGAGGAGCGGAAGCUGUACGUCAAUACGAUGCAUCCCGUGCUCGAGGCAGGGAUGACCUUUCUCCGAGAUCACGGAGACGAGGUUGGCUGCUACAGCUGUCGCUUCAUGGACAUUGUCGACCCAGCCACGAGAAACGCUGACAAGGACCGCACCUUUGGUCUCGCGUACUUUGAUGAGCUGGCCUCGCUUGAGAAAUGGAGCAGGGAGCAUCCCACACACCUGGCCAUCUUUGGCGGGUUUCUCAAGUACGCGGCUCAGCUAAACAAUGUCAUCACGCUACGCCUAUUUCACGAGGUACUGGUGGUGAAGCCGGAACAGCAGCUGUUUGAAUACGUUGGGUGCCAUCUGGAGACCGGGAUGCAAGUUGCGAAAUGA